UUGAAGUAAAACAAACUCAUAGGCAGUUACUCAAAUGUUGAAGAUAAUAUUGUUUACCAAAAGAAGUGAAAGAUUUUGCUUUCAAAAACUAAGAAAGUUAGUUUCUCUAUCUCUUGUCCUUACCCUAUUAUUUCUUCCUUCUCAUGUCCUUUUGAGUCUUUAGGCAUUUGUUGAAUGUUGAUGAUAAGUUAUUUUAGAAUUAGAAUUAUCUUUUUCCUACAAUUAGUGAGGAAGCACUUGGGGGUUUUAGUUUCCAUUUUUUCACUCUAGAAAUUUCACUAUUUUUUUCCCUUUGUUUAAUAUACUUUUACUUUAUGCCUACUGUACCUUGAAAACCACUGUGUUCCUAGGAUAUCUUUGGGACUAUCACCUUUCACUUGAUAGUUCACAACUGCAUUUCUUCCUAUUUCUGCUGUCAUUAUGAUUUAGAAUUAUGAUUUUCCUGGUAAUUUGAAGAGGUAUAAAUCUAUCAAAAAUCAACAAGCAGUUUUCUCUCAAAUAACUUCUGCGAGUAAUAUAUCAGCUUCUUCAGUUAGUUAAAAUUAUGAAUUUGGGAUCUCUUCCUAUUGCUUGACUGGUACGGAUUUUUUUUCAUGCCUGCAAGUUUUUAGCAUGUCUCCAACUUCUCUUUCAUUUCGCAAUAUGUUGCAAGACAGUUUCCUGUUAAUUUUACAUGUUUUUUUUGCUGUGAUUAUUAUAUUGGACCUCAAAAAGUUGGUGGCUAAGAAGGAGAUUGGUAAUAGUUUAUAGGAACGUUUUAGUAAUUUCUUUAGCUCUAUAUCUCACAUUUGGCUUUCUAGGAGAGGCUUCCCGUCUAAUAGCAUUUGAUGCGGUAACAUGGUAGGUGAGAUUACAUCUUGCAGUGCUAGUGAUGAUUUAAGACGAUUGACUUGUGCAGUAGGUACCAACAUAUUUUCCCACUGCUUGUAAGGUAUAUGACCAUUUAUCUCUGCUUAUACCGGAGUUGGAUCCAUUAUUUCUCCAGGAGAGAGAUUUUUUUUCUUCGUUGUUAUUUCUUAUGAAUCUCCUAGUCUAAUACUUCUUAGUUCAGUCAGUGCUUGGAUCGAGAUGAUAGGAUCAAAAUAAUCCAAUCUUCUUACUUCUCAUUUUGGCUAUACAGAUGUCUCUAUCUACUCACGGUCAAUUAUCCUCAGUUUGGGGAGCCGCCUUUAUUGUUUUCCACUGCAUCAUGUCCUAGCAUUCUAAUAGGAUGUUGCCGUUGAUAGCCUUGUUUCAUUUGUGAAAGUAAGGGCAUGUUGAUUUACAAUUUGUGUCUUGACCUCCUAAGAUUCAAGGCUUAAAAAAAAUUCAGUGUACUCUAAUUUGAAUGGUUAAUGCCAGGGUAGGUCCUGCAGAGAAUGGUGCUUUCUUUUAGCAUGCUGAAAGUAUGCCUCUUGAUGGAGUGCAUUUUGCGUCUCAACGGAACCCUGCACCAAUGUCAAAUGCAUUUAUUUCCUCAAGCCACAGUGUUGAAGUGUCAUAUUAUCAGCCAGAUGCUGCAGGCCCAUCUCAUGAUCCUUUUCUGCAUUCAUCAACAGUGGGAACCUUUUGUGCAGUUCCAGAAAAUCAUGCACAUGCUUCGUCUUCCAAUUAUGACAGACAGACGAUUAAUGGCGUUGAGGGUGACCUUUUUUAUCUUACAAUGGGCAAUGGAAGGGGGCCCCACAAGCGAAAAAGCCCUGGAGUCCCCUCUUCAUGUGAAGGGGGCAGUACAAGCAGGUCACCCUUUUGACCAUUCCAGCUCAGUGGAUUUCUCAAGUCAAAGUUCUAGCGCUAUGACACAUAACUGGAGCCAUACCAGAACAUCUACUGCUUCUGGAAGGAUGCUAGUUUCGGAUGCUAAUGGUUAUACUCAUGAGACAAACCACUUCCUUGUUGGAAGCAGCAUACCUAAUGCUUCUGCAGAUGUUAGGGGAUAUCACCAUGAUUUCAUUUCAAGUAGAAACCCUGUUGUUCCUCAAAGUUUCCAUAGUGCCUCAGCACAUUCUGCCAGAGGCAUUCGCAGUAGCUAUUCUCAGAGACCUAGCCCAACUUUCAGGGCUUCCUCCAGCAGUUUGCGGUUGGGGCAUAUGGCACCUUCUGACGAUGGGAUGCCAUUGGUUGCCGAAAAUUUCUCAUCCAGACAACCAAGGCUAUUAUCAACUGCAGCUUGGCGUAAUAGUGAUAGGAAUGGGAGAUCAAGGAAUUCUUAUGAGAGAUACAGAUCGCUGCCCAAUGAGCCAAGUCUUCAUGAUCGAUUUUCAUCUGAGGGUUUUAUGGUUGUGGAUCGCUCAGCCUUUUAUGGAUCCAGAAAUUUGUUUGAUCAGCAUAGGGAUAUGAGGCUAGAUAUAGACAACAAGAGCUAUGAGGAACUACUUGCACUGGGUGAAAGGAUUGGGAGUGUCAGCACAGGUUUUGAUGAAGAUCUGAUAUCCAAGUGUUUGACAGAAACAGUAUAUGGUUCUUCAGGCCAAAGCGAGGAUGAAGGAACUUGUGCGAUUUGCCUGGUAAGAAUCUUCUCCAAGUAUAUACUGUCGGUUGGAUUCUAAUCAUAGUUUUAAAUCGUGGUUGCGGUCGCGAGUAACAGAAAAAGGCUU